AUGGAUGCCUCAUUCGGCGACGCCAGACCAGACUCUAUACCCGUCACCAGCCCAACCGGAGCUGUUGCGACCGGAUCCGGUUCGGGGACUGGGAACGGCAGCCCCCCAACUGCCUCUGUGCUAGAGCCACCGGUUGAGGCUGGGGACCAGGCUCUGUUCCCUCAGUUGCGCAAUGAUCCUGAUGAAGAGUCGGCGCCUGUGCCCCCAAAGUCGGCCUCCCAGGUUGCACCGGCAGAGGACGUCGACGAUGGAGACGACCACACAAUUGCAAAACCAUUCCAUCGUACCUCAAGCCCGGACCCGGCAAGUCGAGGUGGCGCCGGAACCGCAUCCGAAGAGGAGUAUGACGAUGGCACGGCCGGCCCAGAAGACGUCGGCGAGGAUGGCCGCCCGAGGAGGAGAUUGGUGCACAAGAUGCACAAAUUCAGUUUGUACGAGACGGCGAGCAGGUACUACAUCGUCGGCGGGGACGUCACUGAGAAGCGGUACCGCAUCUUGAAAAUAGACAGGACGGUUGACGAUAGUGACCUCAGCAUCACCGAUGACAAGAUCGUCUACUCUCAGAAGCAGAUGAACCAGCUGCUUGACACAAUCGACGAUGGGAACAAGGGCACCGGCGGCAUCAGGCUCAAGUGCACCACCUGGGGCCUGCUGGGCUUCAUCAAGUUCACGGGGCCCUACUACAUGCUGUUGAUAACCAAGCGGAGCAUCGUGGCCAUGGUCGGCGGCCAUUACAUCUACCAGAUCGAGGGAACAGAGCUCAUCCCCCUCACGCCAGCCAGGUACAAGACUGACCAGCGGAAUGCGGAGGAGUCCCGAUUCCUUUCCAUUCUGAACAACCUCGAUCUCGCGAGGUCCUUUUACUACAGCUACUCCUACGACGUCACGCGGACACUACAAGAGAACAUAAGCAAGGAGCGAAACGCCCUCAACAACGGGCUGCCUUGUUUCGUCGACGAUAAUCACAACACCAUGUUCGUCUGGAACAGCCAUCUUCUCAGUCCCGCCGUGGAUGCUUUGAAAGACCCUUUUGAUUGGUGCCGCCCCAUCAUCCAUGGCUACGUAGACCAGGCCUCUGUAUCCAUCUACGGCCGGACCGCCUUUAUCACCAUAAUCGCCAGGCGAUCUCGCUACUUUGCAGGCGCUCGUUUCCUGAAGCGAGGCGCCAAUGAUCUCGGCUACGUGGCCAACGAUGUUGAAACAGAACAGAUCGUCUCAGAGGCCUUGACCACUUCCUUCCAUGCCCCUGGUGGCAAGCUUUUCGCCAGUCCUGAAUACACUUCCUACGUGCAACACCGAGGGUCCAUCCCGCUGUACUGGACCCAGGACAACACUGGUGUCACGCCGAAACCGCCAAUUGAGCUGAAUCUCGUCGAUCCCUUCUACAGCGCCGCAGCAUUGCACUUCGACAACCUGUUCGAACGUUAUGGCUCUCCCAUAUACGUUCUCAACCUGGUCAAGGCAAAAGAGCGGACUCCACGCGAGUCAAAGUUGCUAGAAGAGUACCGCAAGGCAAUCACAUACCUCAAUCAGUUCCUACCUGAAAAGCACAAGAUUAUCCAACGCCACUGGGACAUGUCCCGUGCCGCCAAGGCCCGAGACCAGGACGUGAUUCAGACCCUGGAGAAUAUCGCAGAAGAAGUCGUCUUGACGACUGGCUUCUUCCAAAAUGGUGAUGGGGUCAUCAAUGCGACGCGAGUGCAGAAUGGCGUGGCUAGAACAAACUGCAUCGACUGCUUAGACCGCACGAACGCCGCGCAAUUUGUGAUCGGCAAACGAGCUCUUGGCCACCAGCUCCAUGCCCUGGGCAUCUUGGGCGACACUGCUAUAGAAUAUGACACUGACGCCGUCAAUCUUUUUACACACAUGUACCAUGACCACGGCGACACAAUUGCGGUGCAAUAUGGCGGUUCGCAGCUCGUCAACACCAUGGAAACAUACCGCAAAAUCAACCAGUGGACGAGCCACUCACGGGAUAUGAUCGAGAGCUUCAAGAGGUACUACAACAACUCCUUUAUGGAUGGACAGCGGCAAGAGGCGUACAAUUUGUUUCUGGGCAACUACAUCUUCGCGCAAGGGCAGCCUAUGCUGUGGGACUUGGCCACGGACUACUAUCUGCACCAUGCUAGUCCGAGGACUUGGUCAGUGACGAGCAAGAGGAGCUACAUCCAGUGGUUUACCGCCGAACAUCUGAAGGAGCGCUCGCUCCCCGACUAUCACCCGCCAAAGGGUUCCGAAGCCAACCUGCCAGUUUCCUAUUUCGACGAUUACUGGCUGGAGUACUAUCGCCCUUUGACUUUGUCGUCGUUUCAGAAGAUGUUCCCUUACAAGAUGAAUUCGACUAUCAAGUAUAUCCCAUUCAAGUCGACGCAGGACGGUCGUUAUGACCUGAGCCCUUUCCGCGUCCGCACUGAUGCAGAUGGAGACUCACAUGACAAGAGGCGACACAAGAAAGGCGUCACCAUCCUAGACCCUCACGAGAUUGCCAAGGCCGACGGCGACGAUGAUGCAGCCUCCAUCAUGUCUGGGAAGGGAGACGGCCCGAACAAAGGCGGUAUAUCACUCCAGAGAUGGCUACAACCUGUGGCUCAUGACAAGGCAAUUUAUAAUGGCAGCCCUCACAGCAUUAUGAAGGAGCCCUCGACUCCUAUUGUCAAUGGAAAUGUCCAGCAGCCAAUAGACCCUAACCAGCCGAAAACGAAGCCCACACCACUGGAGAAGUCGCGGCAGGCUCAAUGGACAUUCACCAAAGUCGUGCAUGAAUCUCUCAACCCCUCCGUCAGCAACCAGGAAGCAGAGGACUACGAUCGCUACAUCAGCCACCCACAGAACCUUCCCCUCGUCGUCUCAGCUGACACACCAGCCGAGGCAGUGGAAGGUGAGUAUCAGGAGUAUCUCAACGGGGCAUGGCAGAGUGACGGCCUUCUCCUCGUUCCUCCGGGUUCCUCGUCAGGCGCCCCAGGCACGAGCAAUGCGGAGGACUACUACCACAUGUACUCUGAACUCCUCAAGGUCGGGGAAGACCCUCUUACUGUGAAAGAGGAGGACGCCCAGAAGAAGCGCUACAAGGCUUAUGGAAAGUGGUUGCGCGGAAAGUCGCUGUUCAAGCAACAGCCUAUCGACUAG